AUGUUCGCCCUGCGAGUGGCUCUGCUCCUGGCAGCUUGCGUGUCCUUGGCUUCGGCAGGAACUCGGCAACUAGCUGUGGAUGUCCAGCCGCCGGCAACCUUUGCCACCGAGCUGAAGGAUUAUCGUCUGGCCGAUCACAUCAAGCCCGUUAGCUACAACAUCACCCUGAGGCCCUAUUUGCUGGAAACCGAUGGCAACAAGAGGUUCACCUUCGACGGCGAGGUUUGGAUCGAAGUUCAGGCCAACCAGUCCACCAAUGCCGUGCACCUGCACUCGAAAAAUCUCACCUAUUCGGUCAGCGAGUACUGGCUGAAGCCAGAACAAGGUGUGGCCAAUCCGCUGCCCACUCAGUUUAAUGCAGUUAACUCAACCAACGAUGAUACGGAUAUUGUCCAGCUGACGACGGCAGCCAACUUGGUUGCUAAUACGCCAUAUAUCCUCCAUUUCGUGUACACUGGUCUGAUGUUGGACGACAUGCAUGGCUUCUAUCGCAGCUCCUAUGUGGACGACAACAAUGUCACCAAGUGGAUCGGCUCCACCCAGUUCCAGACCAACCAUGCCCGUCGUGCUUUUCCCAGCUUCGAUGAGCCCCAGUUCAAGGCCACCUUCAAUGUCACGCUGAAGCGCUACAGGACCUACAACUCGGCCAGUAACACCCGUCUGAUCUCAUCUACACCCAGCACUGAGGAAGGCUACUUCACCGAUGUCUACAAGACCACUCCUAAAAUGUCCACCUAUCUGCUGGCCUUUAUUAUUUCCGAGUUUGUUGCCCGCAAGGACGACGACUUCGGCGUGUAUGCCCGUCCCGAGUAUUACGCACAGACCCAGUAUCCCUACAACGUGGGUAUCCAGAUCCUGAAGGAGAUGGGCACUUACCUGGACAAGGACUACUACAGCAUGGGCAACGACAAGAUGGACAUGGCGGCCAUUCCCGACUUCUCGGCCGGAGCCAUGGAGAACUGGGGCCUGCUGACCUACAGGGAGCGCAGCCUUCUGGUGGACGAUUCGGCGACCACUUUGGCCUCCCGCCAGGCCAUCGCCGCCGUGGUGGCCCACGAACAGGCGCACAUGUGGUUCGGCGAUCUGGUCACCUGCCAGUGGUGGAGCUACACGUGGCUGAACGAGGGAUUCGCCCGCUACUUCCAGUACUUCGGCACCGCCAUGGUCGAGGACCAGUGGGAGCUGGAGAAGCAGUUUGUGGUCGAUCAGGUGCAGUCCGUCAUGGCCAUGGACUCGACCAAUGCCACCAAUCCGCUGAGCGAUGAGAACACCUACACUCCGGCCCACUUGAGCCGCAUGUUCAACAGCAUCUCGUACAACAAGGGAGCCACCUUCAUCCGGAUGAUCAAGCACACCAUGGGCGAGACGCAGUUCCAAGCGGCCCUGCAGGCGUACCUCAAGAAAUACGAGUAUAAGCCCUCGCUGCCCGAAUAUCUGCUGGGAGAAUGGCAGGCCAAGUGGCCCAAUACCAGCUACAACUCCAGCUCUGAGGCCAUUUUCAAGAGCUACACCGAGCAGGUGGGCUACCCGCUGAUCACUGUCUCCGUCCACUCCAAUUUGAGUUCGGUCACCUUUACCCAAAAACGAUUCCUGCUGAAGGAAAACGACGGCUCCGAUGCCACUCUGAGGUACACUGUGCCCAUUUCCUAUACCACCAGUGAGGCGAUUAACUUUGCCAAUGCCACGCCCAAGUUCAUCCUCAAUCCCGGCGUAACCACAACUGUGGGCUUCGCCUCGCCUUUCAAGUGGUUUAUCGCCAAUAUCCAGGAGACUGGCUACUACCGUGUCAACUACAAUGAGGACAACUGGCAUGCCAUUCACCAGGUGCUGAACACCGCCAACUGGGGAGGCAUUCACGAGAACAACCGCGCCCAGAUUGUCGACGAUCUGUUCAAUCUGGCCAGGGCCGGCGUGGUCACCUACAACCUGACUCUGGACGUGAUCGAGUACCUGGAGACGGAGACCAACUACAUUCCCUGGACGUCGGCCUUCAACGGCUUCAACUACCUGACCAUCCGCCUGGGCAACGAUACCGCCGACUUUAACACCUACAUCCAAGCUCUGACCAACAAGGCCUACACUGAGCUGGGCUUCAAUGAGACCACCAGUGACACUGCCCUGCAGAUCUAUCUGCGCACCAAGGUCCUCUCCUGGGCCUGUCGCUACGGCAGCUCCGACUGCAUCAGCAAGGCCAAGGGCUACUUCGCAUCGCUGACCACCGUGCCCAAGAACAUUCGCGCCACCGUCUACUGUGUGGGUCUGCGCGAGGGUGGGGAGACCGAGUUCCAGGCGUUGUACAACAAGUUCAAGAACGAGACCGUGGCCACCGAGGAGACCCUGCUGCAGAACUCCUUCGGCUGCGUGAAGACCCAGGCUCUGAUCGAGAAGGUCUUCGACCUGAUCAUCAGCGACGAGAUCCGCCGGCAGGACAAGUCCUCCGUUCUGGCCACUCUCUACACGGAGAACAACGAGAACGUGAGCCCGGUGUUCGCCCUGGUGACCCAGAAAUACGAGGCUCUGGCCGAGGCCAUGGGUGGUUACUCCGCAGUGGCCACUGUGAUCUCCAACAUCGCCGCCCGUUUCACCACCCAGCAGCAGUUGACCGACCUGGAGACCUUCAACAAGAACAACGGCGCCAAGUUCGGCACCUCGCAGGCCACCUUGACCGCCGCCGAGGCCACCGUGAAGGAGAAUCUGGACUGGGCCGCCGCCAAGCUGGGCGUCUUCCGCAGCUAUCUGGCCAACUAUCGCAAUGGCAGCGCCAUGGUCAAUGCCUUCAGUGCCCUCAGCCUUCUGCUGGUGGCUUUGGUCACCAUGAUGCGCAAUUAGGCCUAGACACUCUCCAUAGAGGGACAGGUGCAAUCGAGGGUCACGAGCACCCCUAAACGCCUAAAGUAUUUGUACGCUUAGAGCACCCAAUAAAGUAACACCAUUUUGUAGAUAAA